CACUAAUCCAGAAAGAAUAUGGUCCAAGCAUUUUUACGUUUCGAAUCAAGGAAAAUGUUUGUUUCCAAGACAUCAAGUUUCAUCUUGAGUAAAGUAUCCAGGAUAUUGACACAAUACGAAGCAUUGGAGAACAUGAAUGAAUUUGAAGAUCAGCAACUUCAGUUUCUGUGGUGUAAGGAGAGCGUAGAAAAGGAGUUAAUGUAUUUCGGACAGAAGCAGAUGAGCCACACCUUUCUGCACAUGAGGCGUUAGCUGUUGGCUGUGCCCUGCACAAAUAUGGCGGCAUAACACCAACAGCAACCCGGAAGAGAUUGUUGUGAAGCGACGUCAUUUCAGAUGGUCAUUGUGAUGUUUUCUGUGAUGCGGGUUGGGGCGGCGAGCAGACGUUCCGCUCGUCAAGUGGUUUCCGGCCUUCGGACGGCUUCCGGGUUAGUCCGGAGGGUUACAAUGUGGGAAGGGGUUCUCUGCUCAUUGUUAUACUGCAGCGUGUAACAGGGGCCGCCGCCAUUCAGCGACUCUCCUUCCACUCCCCCGACCUGCUCCCUCACCCGCCCUGACUGGAAACCCACAGCUCCCGGCUGGGAGCUGCAGGCGCUCGACGAUGCAAGGAGACGUGACAGUUCCAGCUUCUACCUCCAUGAAAGUGCCUGAAGCUGAUGUGAAAGCAGAAGCGCCUGUCCACAAACUCUUGGGAAGAGGAAAGGGCUGGCAGUACAGUGAUCACAUGGAGAAUGUACAUGGAUAUUUGAUGAAAUAUACAAAUCUUGUCACAGGCUGGCAGUAUCGAUUCUUUGUUUUAAAUAAUGAAGCUGGACUACUAGAAUAUUUUGUCAACGAGCAAUCCAGAAAUCAAAAGCCAAGAGGCACUUUGCAGCUGGCAGGAGCGGUCAUCUCACCAAGUGAUGAAGACUCUCACACCUUUACAGUUAAUCCUGCUAUUGGAGAACAGUAUAAACUAAGAGCUACUGAUGCAAAGGAACGUCAACAUUGGGUUAGCAGACUUCAGAUAUGUACUCAACACCAUACAGAAGCUAUUGGGAAGAAUAAUCCCCCUUUGAAAUCUCGAAGUUUUUCCCUGGCUUCUCCGGGAAACAGUUCUCCAGGUGUACAGAGAAGAGCAAGUCAGAGUGCUGCUGCUUUCUUUGGUGUAACCCAUCACAAGGGACUGGGGCUGUCAAAGAGAUCCCAUGCCCUGCAACCAGAUCAUUUGGUGGAUGUUCGUGAGAUGAUGAACCAGGCUGAAGGACAACAUAAGGAUCUUGUGCGAACCAUUGAAGGAUUGCCUCCCUUUGGAGAACAAAUAUCAGCACUAGACCAAGACAUGCUUAUGCUCAAAGCCACUACAAUGGCAACAAUGAACUGUUUGAAUGAUUGCUUUCAUAUUCUCCAGCUCCAGCAGGCGGCCUACCAGAGGAAUUCCUUUGCUGCAGGGGCAACAAUUGAGUGGUUGGAACCUAAAUUGCCACUAUUGGACCAUCUUAAGAAUGGAAAGGCACGACAGUCAUCGAUUGAGAAAGAUCAGACAAAAGCAGCUAGUGGAAUACAGCCUGUUUCUGAACCCUGCCAAUCAACACGGAAAUGCCCUUGUAUACUUUUUCAUCAUUUUGAGGAGAAGUGGAGUGACCAGUUGAAACUUGCUGAGCCAGGGUUACAAGAGAAUGCAUUAGGCAAUAAGAAAGCUGUAACUUGUCCUCUGGUACUUCAUUGCAAUUUUUCUAAGGAACCUGAGAGAAUAAAUCCAGAUGAAGAAAUAGAAGAUACCUUUGAGAACAAUGAGGAGGAUGAUCUUGGAGUUGUAGAAGAACAACGUAGUGUUAUAUUGCACUUGCUAUCUCAGCUAAAGCUUGGCAUGGAUUUGACACGAGUAGUGCUUCCAACCUUCAUAUUGGAAAAACGUUCAUUACUGGAGAUGUAUGCUGAUUUUAUGUCCCAUCCAGACCUCUUCAUUGCUAUCACAGAUGGUGCUACCCCUGAAGAAAGGAUGAUCUGCUUUGUUGAGUAUUACCUCACCUCAUUCCAUGAAGGCCGCAAAGGAGCCAUUGCUAAGAAACCGUACAAUCCAAUUAUUGGUGAAACAUUUCACUGUUCAUGGAAUGUACCAAAAACCACAUUAAACAAUAAAUCAUCCAAUACCUCAUCACAGAGUUGUCAGCAAAAGACAAAAUGUACUGAUGGGACAGAAGGAAGAAGCCAAUCAGACUAUCAUUUGAGAUUUGUGGCAGAGCAGGUGUCCCACCAUCCACCUGUUUCAGGAUUUUAUGUAGAGUGUGAAGAGAAAAACAUGUGUGCAAAUACACACGUAUGGACGAAAAGCAAGUUUAUGGGCAUGUCUAUUGGAGUUGUAAUGAUUGGAGAAGGUCUUCUAUGCCUCUUGGAACAUGGCGAGGAGUACACAUUUACUCUUCCUUGUGCAUAUGCUCGUUCCAUUUUGACUGUUCCUUGGGUAGAACUUGGAGGAAAAGUUAAUGUCAACUGUGCAAAGACUGGUUACUCUGCAGCUAUUACUUUCCACACAAAACCAUUUUAUGGUGGAAAACUUCACAGGGUGACAGCUGAAGUAAAACACAAUGCGACAAACACUGUUGUGUGCAGAGUACAGGGUGAAUGGAAUGGUCUGCUCGAAUUUACUUACAACAAUGGAAACAGUAGAACUGUAGAUGUAACUAAACUUCCUGUCACUAAAAAGCGAGUGCGACCAAUUGAAAAACAAGGCCCUUUUGAAUCUAGACGCUUGUGGCAACAUGUUACUGAAGCUUUGGAGGUAAACAACAUAGAUAAGGCAACUGAAUAUAAGAGCUUAUUGGAGGAACGUCAGAGAUCAGAAGCACGACACCGCACAGAGACACAGACACCAUGGGAAACAAAAUAUUUCCACCAGGAGGGUGAUGGUUGGAUCUACUACAAGCCUCUAUGGAGGUCUACAAGAGACAACAUGGAGAUAAGUGCACCGACACCUUAGACUCUCUGCAACUGGACUAGAGCAACAUGGCAUUAAAUAAUCAUUCAAAAACAUAGCUGUGACCAAUGUUGUUUAGCCAUAAUGGGGUUUCAUAUUAAAAUGUAAAAUGCAGUUAAUCUUUCAGCUGCUUUUACCCAACAUUGUGUGUCUGUAUGAUAGAUUGCGUGCUCCAAGUACAAAUUGGCAUGGUAACGUGAAGGGCACUUUAAUGCUACAGGAAAAAACAAGUGAAAGCAAUUUUUAUCCUCAACUACGUUUUGUAUCUUAUCUAUAGUCUUUUGACUUAAAUUACUUUUUGGCAAGGAUCUUGUAUUAUUUUGACACCAGUACUUGAAUGAGGUAUUGCUUCAAUGAUCGUUGCUGCCUCAAAACAAAGAUUUAUUUCUAACUGGCACAGUGUAGUGCUUUUUUUCGGCUUGUUCAUGCAGUUGACAAGAAUAGCUGAGAGUCAGGACUGUUGAUUCAGUCUGAAAUUGUUGUAACUAAAAAAAAUGCCAGGGUGACCUUUUUGACUUAAUCUAUUAUUUAAGCUGUUUUUUAAAAAAAAAGACUAUUCAGGAGAAAUUUGUCAUAUGAAGUUCCUUUUAAGUACAUUUCUUUAAACAUUGCAGGCAAUUUUUAAAAAUUCCCAAAACAGGGUAAGCAAAUUGAAAACAGUACACUUGUUCCAUUGAGUAAUGUCAUUCAAAAUACCUUGUAUCCAAAGUGUUGUGCCUUAUAUUGUAUUUUUUUAGUAUUGUGUUCUGAUUAGAGUGUGUGAUCUUUGCAGCUGAAUUAUGGCUGAGUUAACGUUUCAUCAUGAAGUGAAAAUGUAAAGAAUUUUAUGAAUUGAUUUUGUUUCAAUUUAUUUGCAGAAGCAACUUAGUAAGCAAAUCUCCAUAAUAUGAGUGUUAAAAAAGAGAAUGUGAUUUUAACUGAAUUACUUUCAAGGGAACAAUAUAGAGAAUAUCUCUCCUAAUAAUGGUGAAACAGUGAUGAUUUGUUUUAAGACUGCUGUUGACACAUUGGUAAAGUGUAGUUGAGCACACUGGGGUUUAAAAAAGACUCCAAUGUCGUCAUCACUGGUGAGAUAUUCUGUUUAUUGUGUGUGUAUGGCUCUUGAGAAUUGCAAUAAAUCUGAAAUGGCAGUUUACUACUGACCAUUUAAUUGUUGUCUCAUACAAAGAUAAAUAUUGAUCUUGUGAGAAUGACAGUACCAUUCAUGCUACAAAGAAUAAAUUUUGUCAUCUAUGCAUUGACACUUGACAGUUGGUGUUUUCUAAUGUGUGAGAAAACGUUAACUUAUAAAAUAAGCUUACAUGUUGUGCAAUAUUCCAUGUUAAGCACACAUUUAUGUGAGAUUCUGUAUAAUUUUUUUUAUAACUUUAAUUGUAAUUUAACAGGUUAGAUCUGAAUUCAAAAGAAUCUUUGAAUGUUUUGUUGCUGGGAUGUUUAGGCAAGGAAUGAGCAGUACUUUUUUUGAGUUCUUGAUCAUGAGACAGUAAAAGCAGAAAACAUCAUCACUUGUGUUUAAAAUCAGAAAUGAAUUUGAAAGCAUAUUGAUUGUUACACAACACUUUGAGGCUAGAGUCCUGUAUAUUUUGUAAUCAUAUAUAAUGCACUGAAGGAAACUCAAAAUGACACUCCUGUAGUAGUAGCAAGUGUGAAAAGAUUGAAUUAAACAUACUGCAAAAACGCUCAA